AUGGAUAGAGUCUUCGGGGAAGAAAUCAGCGUAACCGUGGAAGUCUAUAUGGACGACCCUGUCAUCAUGAGUCGCGAAGAAGAAUCAAUGCUCACAAACAUCCAGCGUACUUUCGACUCUCUACGCAGAGUCAACCUAAAACUGAACCCUGUAAAGUGUUCGUUCGGAAUGGAAGAAGGCAAAUUCUUAGGAUCUAUCGUAACCAAAGAUGGUUUCAAAGUCAAUCCAGAAAAGGUAGAGGCUAUUCAGCUCAUGCCGUCACCAGCAUCUAUCAAAGAGAUGCAACGUCUAGCAGGUCAGCUAGCGGCGCUCAACCGAUUUUUAGCAAAUCAUGCUGCCAAAUCAUAUCCAUUCAUCAGCACAUUACGCAACUGCAUAAAGAAGAGCCAAUUUCAAUGGACUCCGGAGGCAGAAAAAGCUUUCCAGCAAAUGAAAGAAUGCUUAAUUCAACUACCUACUUUAACAGCUCCGCAAAAAGAAGAACCAUUAAUCUUAUACCUCUCCGCAUCAGAGGUAGCAGUUGGCGCAGUGUUGAUGGUCGAAAGGGACGGAGUCCAAACUCUAAUUUAUUACAUCAGCAAAAUGUUGACCGAUUGCGAAGGUAUCUUGUCCAAACCAGACGUCGCGGGCAUAUUAGCUAAAUGGGCCAUUGAACUGGGCGGAUAUAACAUUCUGUACAAGCCGCGCCCAGCUAUCAAGGGCCAAGUCCUAGCAGAUUUUGUUACUGAAGUUCCCGUCGAUAAGAUCCAGAAAUGCGAAGCCAUACAAAAUCCUACCCCAGUCUUCGACGACAGGGUCUGGAUCCUAGAUACAGAUGGUGCUUCCAACGAUGACGGCGCAGGAGCUGGUCUCCGCCUAGUUAGCCCCCACAACCACGAACUUACCUACGCCAUUCGGCUAGAUUUCAAAAGCACCAACAACGAAGCGGAGUAUGAGACAUUCCUCGCAGGUCUCCUCCUAGCACUCAAAAUGGGGGCAAAAAAUGUUGAAGCACAUGUCGAUUCCAAGUUGGUAGCCGAACAAAUCAAUGGUCGCUACGAUGCAAAAGGCGAAGCAAUGGCCUUAUAUCUCGAGCAGGCAAGAAAACUGAUCAGUCGGCUUCAGACCUUCAAAAUAAUCCACAUUAACAGAAGCGAGAACAAGCAUACGGAUGUGCUAAGUAAGCUAGCCGCUACAAGCUUCAAGCACCUGGCAAAAGAGGUCCGCAUUAAAGUUCUCUCAAACCCAUCCGUUCCUCUAAGACACGUGAACGUGAUAGAAGUUGGGAAUCCAUCUUGGAUGUCCCCAAUUAUUAUGUAUUUAAAACAUGUAACUCUUCCGGAGGGGAAAACAGAAGCAAGAAAAAUUCAACACAAAGCGUUAAAUUAUGAGAUGGCGGAUGGAAUGUUGUAUCACAAGUCUUACAUGGGUCCUCUCCUAAGAUGCGUAGACAAGCAUGACGCGCAGUAUCUGGUCUGGGAAAUCCAUGAAGGACUAUGCGGAGUCCAUGUUGGCCCACACAUAGUAGUAGCAAAAAACAUGAGUGCAGGCUAUUACUGGCCCAAUAUGCAUUUGGACGCUGUAGAGAUCUUGUGCAAGUGUACAUCAUGCCAACGUCAUGCUCUAAAAACACUUCGCCCAAAGAACCCGUUGGUUCCAGUAACCGCAACGUGGCCUUUCCAACAAUGGGGAAUUGACCUAGUAGGUCCUUUUCCCGACGCACCGGGCGCAGUAAAAUUUAUAAUAGUUGCCGUGGAUUACUUCACCAAGUGGGUAGAAGCCAAAUCCCUAGCAUCACACACCGUAAUGGUAAUCAGAAAAUUCAUCUGGGAACAUAUCAUCUGCCGGUUCGGAUUGCCAUUGCGCAUUAUCACAGACAAUGGUACCAAUUUUGCGUCUGACGAUCUACAAAAGUGGAUGAAAGAAAUGCGCAUCGAACAUAGUUUCGCCUCUGUGGCGUACCCACAGGCAAACGGGAAAGUCGAAAGCGUCAACAAGCAGAUUGCAGAUGGCAUUAAAGCAAGGUUGGGAACCGCAAGAAGGGGGUGGGUUGAUGAACUCCCAAGUAUCCUAUGGGCUCACCACACUAUGUCUAAGAUUAGCACGAGGGAAACACAAUUUAGCCUCGUUUACGGCUCCGAAGCAGUAAUUCCGGCGGAAAUCGGCCUCCCGUCACCUCGGAUGCUAGCCAUGGAAAAAAAAACAAUGAACAUGAGCGCAGGCUUGACCUGGACCUCCUCGAGGAGAGACGUGAAAAUGUAG